AUGGUAUCAAAGAAGAGCUACAGAACUAAGGCGCAUGCAGGCAGUUUCAAAAAGGAGGGAAUGGAGAGGCCAUUGAGUCCGAGACACGUUGACUGGUCCAAAUACUUCAGAAACACAAAGAAACCAGACUACUUGGAUCUGGGCUGUGGAUACGGGAAGUUUCUGCUACGUACAGCUGAUAAAUGCAAGAAGAACAUUCUGGGAAUAGAAAUCAGGAACAAGGUGUACGAAUACACCAAGAGGCGGAUUGAGAAGAGUGGAAUGGAGAAUGUGGGCGUGAUGAACACGAAUGGGCUUCUCUUUCUUCCUAACAUUUUUGAGAAGAAAUCACUAGAGAAAAUAUUCAUUCUGUUUCCUGAUCCACAUUUCAAGAAAACAAAGCAGAAGGGUCGCAUUGUUGGAAAGCGAACAAUGGGUGUGUUUGAGUAUCUGCUGAAGGACGGAGGCAGAUUGUACAUUUCCACGGACGUAAAGAGCCUCUAUGACGACAUGUGUGGCGUAAUAGAAGAAAGUGGAUUCUUUGAGGAGAAAGAGAAGGCAAAAACAGCCGUGACAAAAGAGCUGCUUGAGAACCAGGAGAAAAAGGCGCUUUUUGAGGCGACUUAUUUGGGAACAGACAAAUCAACAAGGGCAGGCGUGAAGAACGGAAUGGUGUACGCGAGUGUGUACGUCGUGAAAAAGAAGUAA